AUGACGUAUAGAUAUUGUUUUGAAGCUCUCGAUAUGAGUCUAAAGGAUGUGCUACGGUCACCUACAGGAAUUUGUUCUUCAAAACCAUUUGGCGGUUUAGUCGUUGUCUUAGGUGGAGAUUUCAGACAAAUACUACCAGUCGUGCCAAAUGGUAGCAGGCAUGAUAUUGUCAACGCCUCAAUAAGUUCUUCUAAACUUUGGAAUCAAUGCAAAGUUCUUAAAUUAACCAAGUACAUGAGAUUGCAGAAUUGCACAUCAGUAUCAGAGGCUGAAUAUACCAAGAACUUUGCAGAAUGGAUACUUAAUGUAGGCGAUGGUAUUGCUGGCGACACUUUUGAUGAUGGAGAAGCUGAAGUGAAAUUAUCAGAUGAUAUUCUUAUACGAAAUGCAGCUAAUCCUAUUGCAUCUAUAGUGAGCAGUACAUAUACAGAUGGUUUGAAUACAGAGUCGGAUCCAGAAAAAUUUAAGGACAAAGCUAUCUUGGCGCCCACGAAUGAAAUGGCGGAUACGAUCAAUGAUUACGCUAUGUCUUUAAUGCCGGCCGAAGAAAAAGUUUACCUUAGUUCAGAUAACAUUUGCAAAGCGGAUGGAGAAGUGGAUGUUGAUGAUGAAGUGUUUUCUGUUGAAUAUCUCAACACAAUCAAAGGCUAUAUGCGGAUCUACAAUUCUGGAUUUGGAAACUUCAUCUUCAAGCAAAAGCUUAUGAAGGUUACUGUAGAUUCAGGUUUGAAGUGA